GUGGUGCCUUGGUGUCCUGAAUGAGUUGAGGACCGCACGGUGCUGGAGCUCGGUGACUUCAAGUUUAAGCAGAAAUCUAUUUGCCGCAUAUAAUAACUUCCCUGGCUCAUGUAUUUUGUUUUCCGCAAUAGAACAAGUCAUAAUUACAGAUGCUUUUUUUUCCCCUGGCUUCUGGUUGAGCCAAGCUAAAUUAAUUUUCUAAAAAGCAUUAGCGACGACAGACUCUUGCAGAAUUAUCAAAGGAGAUUUGUGUUCGAGAUGCUCCAAUUACCUUUGUGGUGUCCAAGGAGUCUUGAUGGAUGGCAGCACCCUCGGGUUCCAUGACGUCGUCCCCGGCGGGGUGAUCUCUCUGUGCAUCUGGCACUAUGACGGAUGGACAGAGCUGGUGCUGGCUGCUGUGGACGGGGACCCCAGUAAGCUCUCCUGUCUCGGGAUCGGCAAGGACUCCUUCUACUGCACGCCGUUCUCACAGCACUUGGAAGGCGCCGCGUGGAAGCAGUGGACGGCUCAGAGGGCGUUUGUGGCGCUGUAUGUUACGGCCCACAGGGGUCAUGCUGAGGCUGUCCAGUACCUGCUUCAUCAUGGUGCCAGCUGCAUCGGCAAAACCCCACUGGGCCGGACGCCGCUGCAUGCGGCCGCGGCCAUGGGUCGCUUGGAAUGCAUCAACCUGCUGUUCCAGUCCGGGGCCUCCAUCCGGGAUAAGGACGCCAAGGGGGAGACCCCCAUUUCCAUCGCACACCGCCUGAAUCGCAAGCAGAGCGCACGCCGCAUGUUUCUCCUCCACUGGAUGGCCAAGGCAGCCAUCCUGAACCGCGAGCUGGCCAGGUGGAAGGCCCCGCUGAGGGGCAGGACUGGAGUCCGGCCGGCCGCCUCCCACCAUGACAGCCAGGGCUUCGGGCCCCGGAGCGCGCAGCCGGGCAGGAAAACAGGGCAAUUACUGUGAGCGGGAGUCCGAGCGGCCCGCCCGUCCUGUGUGCAGAGGCCUCUGGGGUGUUGAUGGCCGGAGAGCUUGUGCCCACUUAGCGAUCCAUUACUGUGGGCGCAGGCUCCCACGCCGGCCUCGAAUUGUGAGCUAUUUGUGCUGGGCCGCCAAUCACGCUGCCGGGGUGAUGGGAGCCAAUUACCUCCGUGUCUUCAGGAGUCAUCUAAUGCACUGUGAGAACGGAAGUGAGAACGCUGGAGGUAAUCGCGCUAUUGCCAGGGCGCAAAGCAAGCUCGCCUCUGUGUCAGGUCGGUGCAGUGUGGGCCGUGAGCUCAUCAGCCUCCCACCCCAGGUCCGAAGGCCCCCAAGGCGAGCAGUGUUCCAGAAGGUUCUGAGGGGAUGAGGGGGGAUGAGGGGGAGCGGGGCAGAUAGGAUCUGAUGACUCACUGUAGUUGUGCAAAGAUGGCGAGUCGACCCGAGACCAGAGGAAGCCGCAGCUUAAGGUUGCAGCGGGCUCGCGGCAGGCAGAACCAGGCUGCUUCUCUUGUGUCGACCCCGGGCCUCCAGGUGGCCCCUCUGGUCACUUGUCACUUCGUGCUGCCGGGACCUGGGUGGCACUGCCUUUCUCCCUGCACAGCCUGUGCCCUGUCUUAGGCCAGCUACGUGGCUGCCACGGGGUGUGGGAUAGCUGUGUGGGAGAUACAGCUGACUUUUGUGAGAGAACAUUCUAGACUUUCUCAGAGCUACAGAUGAAGGUUUUGAAGAUGCUGGGACCAAGAACACUGACCCGAGACCUGCCCGGGGCCACGAUGGCCUGGCCAGGGGGCAUGGGGGCCUGGGCCCUCCCAGCUUGUCUUCCCAGAGUCCCGGAGGGCAGCGUUGCUCCGGCCCGCGACACCCGGCAGCCCAGGGACCGCGUCUGGCUCUCGAACUAAUUGGCUGUAUUUCCUGCUGUCCUAGCGAGAAAGGUCUGAGCUGCUCAGGCGGUUUUGCAUCAGGCGACGUGGCUGUGCCAGCCAGGCCAUUUGUCUGACAAAUCGCCGUCAGGGGAAGAAAAAAACAAAACAAAACUGCUCGGCA